AUGGCCGCCCAAAAAGAACUGUUCUCCGCCGAUCUCCUCUCUCCCGAGGUGCAAUCGGCCCUGCCCGAGGGCUACAAGCUGCGCGCGCUUCGCCCGUCCGACUAUGACACGGGUUUCCUCGACUGCCUCCGCGUCCUGACCACGGUGGGCGACAUUACACAGGAGCAGUUCCAGGACCGUUACAACUGGAUCUCGCGACAGGACGGUGGCUACUUUAUCCUCGUCAUCGAGGACACCAACAGCAGCCCACCCAGAGUGGUCGGCACCGGCGCGCUGUUGGUUGAGCGCAAGUUCAUCCACAAUCUCGGGUCAGUCGGACAUAUCGAGGAUAUCGCCAUCGCCAAGGAUCAGCAGGGCAAGAAGCUGGGUCUCCGGAUGAUCCAGGCGCUGGACUUCAUCGCCGAGAAGACGGGCUGCUACAAGACCAUUCUCGACUGCAGCGAAGCCAACGAGGGCUUCUACGUCAAGUGCGGCUUCAAGAGGGCGGGUCUGGAAAUGGCACAUUACUAUCAGAGCACCAAGAGCAAAGCUUAG